AUGGCGGGAGACGAUGCGCCCUUCGAGAGCUGCCGCGCCUACGAUCUCUUCUUGUACGUUGCCGGAAGAUCCUUUCAGCGGGAUUACGGCGCGACUUUUACGGACGUCUUUGACAAGAUGCAGGCCGCCGACGUCACAGAUGCCGACUUUGCGGCGGAAGUGCGCAGCGUGACAACGAGCGUGCGAGGCGCACGAAUAGACCCCUUCUUCUGGGCGGCGCCCAAGCAGACGGCUGCGGCGGCCAUGCUGCAGCAAGCGCUGCUUGGGCUGCAGGCUGGGAUGCAGCCGGCGCAGCCGGUGGUCGAAAUCCUUCCGCGGAGAAAGCCCGCCACUUUGAGCGGGCUCACGGGUCAAGUGCGUGAUGUCAUGGGGCGCUGCCCAGCGCUGGCCGACGCUUCGGAGGCGGAGAUGGACGCGCGGCCAGUGGCGCGGCCACUCGCGGCCGCGCUAGCGGAGAAGCCGAGCCGGACACUAAGAAGCCUCGUGGCAAGAUAA